CAUUGAAUCAAAGGGAGAGGAAAAGGAGGGGCGAUGUGUGUGUUGAGAGUUAAAACACAACAAACAAGGUGCCACUAAAGAGAGGAAACUGCUGAGACUGUAUUGGUUAGAAAGCAGCAUCUGUACAUGGGUACACAUGUAAUUCAAAUGACUACUGAUCCAUCUAAAGAACAACUAGUGGAUUUAGUGGUAACAGCCAGAAAAAGAACAAGCUGCAAUGGGCACUCACCAUUUUCCUGGCCGAACAGUCUUAUUUGAAAAGAAAACAAGUGGAAUGACGUACCGAGUGCCAGCGUUACUCUAUAUCCCAUCUGUAGCCAAGCUCUUGGCUUUUGCAGAACAGCGGCUUAGUGUGGAUGAUGCUGAUGCCAAUUUACUGGUCCUAAGAAGGGGUGAUUUCUACAUGAACUUUGUGCAGUGGGAAGAUACGCAAACCAUUGAAACAGCAAAACUUAUGCACCAUCGAUCUAUGAACCCUUGUCCCAUCUAUGAUGAAGUCACUGGCAUGGUUUUCCUAUUUUUCAUUGCUGUGUUGGGCAGGACUUCUGAAGUCUUUCAAAUUGUCACAGGUCAAAAUGCUGCUCGCCUCUGCUAUGUGUCUAGUUCUGACCAGGGCAUCAGCUGGAGUCAUGUGACUGAUCUCACUGAGGAAGUCAUUGGCAUGUCCAUCCAAGAUUGGGCUACUUUUGCCCUUGGUCCUGGUCAUGGCAUUCAGCUCAAGUCAGGCCGUCUGCUCUUACCUGCUUAUACUUAUUAUAUUGACUGCAAAACAUGCUUUGGGAAAUUCUGCAAAACAACCCCACAUGCAUUUGCCUUCUACAGUGAUGAUCAUGGGCAGAGCUGGUUCUUUGGUGAGUUUGUCCCCAAUCUGAAGACUGUUGAGUGCCAGAUGGUAUCAGUGGAUGAGGAGGAUGGAAGCCAUGUGCUCUUCUGCAAUGCUAGGAGUCCUCUGGGCUUCCGGGUUCAGGCACUCAGCACAGAUGACGGGGCAAUAUUCCAUUCAGGGCAGCUGGUACCACGACUUGUAGAGCCUCCUCAUGGUUGCCACGGAAGUAUCGUUGGAUUCCCAGCUCCACUUUACUGCAUGCAUCAUGGCAUCCAAGUGUCCCAGAGAAAAGCAUGUCCUGUUAAAGAGCCAGGCCUCUCAUUGCAGCCUAGAAUGUGUGAGAGGUCCCAUUUUUGUCCAGCACAGCUUACUAGUUCUCUCUGCAACCACUAUUUAUGCCAGCAGCAGCUGGAAAGGUUUAUAUCAACUGAAACCUCUAGUGACCACCUCAAUAGUGCUCUUAGUCCCAUGUCUUGGAAUAUGACAUGUACUGAUCCAGAUCACAACAAUGCUGAAAUGAUUUCCAAAUCAGAUACGUAUUUUGAAAUCCCAACAUGGGUUCUGUAUUCCCACCCAACAAGCUCCAGAUCCCGAGACAACUUGGGAAUAUACCUCAGCACAUUUCCUAGAGAUGUUGACAGCUGGUCUAAACCCUGGAUUAUUUAUGAAGGGCCCAGUGCUUACUCAGACUUGGCCUACAUUGAGUUGCCUUACUCAGAGUUUUCAGCAACUGGGAUCGCAGCAUUUGCCUGUCUGUAUGAGAACGGGAUGCAAUCCCCAUAUGAGCAAAUAUCCUUUAGCAUGUUUACAUUUCAUGACGUUCUUCAGAACAUUCCUCUAACAACUUUUUCCCUAAGUCAGAAACGAACCUCAAAGGUUACAAAGAGAAAGGGGAAAAAAUGUGCCAUCUUUUAAACAGAGGGAUAACCUAGAUACUUUUAAAUCUCAUUCAUCCUAUCAUAAACAUUGUGAAAUGUAUUUUGAUAUACAAUUGUGUACAUAUUAUGUGCAGAAUAGAGUUGGGUUGCAAAAUUCAGAUAAAUUAAUGCAAGAUGCAUGUAGCUACAAAGUCACAUCUGCUUUGGCCUUGCUAGGAGAUUGAGAGCUUCCUUCAUUUCUAGAAAUAUUCCAAAAUAUGUUUAAGGAUGCUAGCUUGGGUCUGCCACCUGUUGGUUAAAACACCCUACUAAAUGGAAGAAGGGAUAAGAUUAUUUACAGUGCAGAUUCUGGUUUUAUUUC